UGCCCCCCAACGCAGUAAUUUUGCCGCCAUUUUCUCAUUUCUCCCCCAAUUCUCUUACGGAAGGUUUGAGUUUGUUCAGAGAUGGUCAGAGAAGAAGCUGAGAACAUGAAUACGGACAUGGCGAUUGAUGGAGUUGAAACAGAUCGAAAGCGAAACCAUGAAAUUCCCGAUGGAUUCAACCCUAAUUACCUGAAGAUUUAUUACGGGAGAUUUUUUCCGUAUGGUGAUAUGCAUAAAUGGAUGUCGUAUGGAAACGAUGGAAAGCAUCCUGGCUGUGAUCAAUCUUACUUUGGAAGAAGAGAAUUUUCUUUCUCUUUAGAUAAAGAUAUAUAUCUGCGGUAUCAAUCGUUUAACAAUGCCGCCGAACUCGAAAAUUCCAUCAAGGAGAAAUGCCCUUUUAAAAUUGACAUCGGUGCUGUUUACAGUGUGGACCCUGCAAAUAGGAAUGCAUAUUCGGGUGCUAAUGUUUUCACCCCGGUGGAGAAGGAACUUGUAUUUGAUAUAGACAUAUCAGAUUAUGAUGACGUAAGAUUUUGCUGCUCCGGAGCUGAUGUUUGCUCGGAUUGCUGGCCGUUGAUGACAGUAGCUAUUAAAGUUAUUGAUACUGCACUUAGAGAUGACUUUGGAUUUAACCACAUUUUAUGGGUGUACAGUGGUCGGCGUGGUGUACAUUGUUGGGUUUGUGACGGGAAAGCAAGAAGGUUGAACAACGAACAAAGAUCCGCUAUUACCGAAUAUCUACAUGUCCGCAAGGGAAAUGAAAAUAGCCUUAAAAAAGUUUCUCUAGUGGGCCAUUCACUUCAUCCUUUCCUAGGGAGAUCGUAUGCCGAAGUUUUGAAAGACUUCUUCGAAGGAACAUAUAUUUCGAGCCAAAAUUUGUUUUCUGACGAGGAAAGAUAUGAAAAGAUUUUAAAAAUGAUUCCAGACGAAUCCAUUACUUCGGAGCUUCGAGGGAAGUGGCAGGAUAACAAACGGCCACGUGAUGACAUUAAUAUUGUCCGAUGGGGUCAUCUUAAACAUGUGUUGCAAUCAGGGAAGCAUAAGGUGCCAAGUAUUCGUAGGUGCGUUGAAGAGAUUGUGCUUACCUUCACAUAUCCCAGACUUGAUUUGGAGGUUUCGAAACAUAUGAAUCACUUACUGAAGGCGCCCUUCUGCGUACACCCCGGGACAGGCCGUGUUUGUGUUCCCAUCGAUCCAGAGCAAUGCGAACAGUUUGAUCCUUUAACUGUGCCAACUCUUUCAAAGCUUCUGGAAGAACUUAACAUGGGAGCUUUGGGACCCCCGGGCGAUGAAGAACUGGAAAAUACGUCACUCGGGAAAUCAAUCAAAUUUUUUAGGUCAUCCUUUUUGCAUCCUCUGCUAAAGUCAUGCAAGGAAGAGAUCGAGAGUUCUUAUGCUUCAAAAAUUCAGCGGUCGAAGAACCCUCUAAACUGGUAAGACGAGAAUAAAAACGAGAAGGUAAACUGCAAUUGUUCUUCCUUAAUGUAAAAACAUGUGCUUUAUGUUAGGAUUCCUUAGUUAAUAUUAUUAUGAGUUUGAAAACCUUCUUAUUUAUUGUCGCGUUUCAUCGUAUCUCCUUCUCGAACGAUCCAUCUUUUUUGCAUGAUCGGUUAGUUAACGCAACAAAUUAAGCAUGUGACACAUUCUUAUUUAUUAAAGAUGAUAAUCACACACACAAACACACAA